CUGUAUCGUAUUACGAUAGACACGGCUCUACCGUAUCGAUUUACUUUUAAAAUUCCAAGGGUACUUUCGUCAUUAGACGACUCCGACUGCAAAACAUCAUAGAAUGUAAUGGUCGGCGGAUUCAAACGGUCAUGUAAAUUCGAAAUUCGAAAGAGCGGAGAGCAAAAGAGAGAAAAUUUCAUUUCCUCCAAAGCACAGAAAUCUUGCCAGAAAAAAGCUCUUGCGUGCAAAGAUCUCGAAAUUUCCGACGAUAUCAAAAGAGAAACCGUCGAUCUCAUGGAAGAGAACCAUGAUUCUUGUUUUCCCAGGAUCUGCGAUUGGGAGAAAGAUUUGCAGAAUUUCUCAUCGCCUUCUCACAAAAAAGAUGCGUUUUCAGGUGUUCGCAUCGGUGGUGGUGGUGAUUAUGGAGUUUCUGUCGAUUCGCCGCAAUGUCUUUCUGGUUCGAGGCUAGUUCCUACCGGGUUUAAUCAAAUGAAUUUCAGGGCAGGGGAUUGUGUGCUGUUUGUGAAUGCUGGAGGUGGGGCUAUUAAGGGAUUAGAUUCCAGAUUGAAUCUCAAGGGUGAUUUUUGUUUUCAAGGAGGGGAUAUAAUAAGAACAGAUGAGAGUAUAAUCAAUGGUGGCGAUUACCCAUUGGUUUAUCAAUCCGCACGUUAUGGAGAUUUCUAUUACCAGUUUGAUGAUCUUCUUCCUGGGGAUUAUCUCGUCGAUUUGCAUUUCGCAGAGAUCGUGAACACGAACGGGCCGAAAGGAAUGAGAGUCUUUAACGUCUUUGUGCAGGAGGAGAAGGUUGUGUCUGAACUCGAUAUAUAUUCUGUCGUUGGAGCCAAUAAGCCUUUGCAGCUGGUCGAUGUCAGGGUUCCCAUCGUAGACAAUGGGGCAAUGGUUAUAAGGUUUAAGGCGAUUCGCGGAAGCGCUGUCGUUUGUGGAAUUUGCAUCAGAAAUGCAUCAAAGCCAUCAACAGCCUUGGUGAAGCCUGAGUAUCGCGUUUGUAACAACUGCUCUACCAAGAUGGAAGUUUCUCCGACUUGGAAUAGGGCUAGAACUGCAAAAGAUAUCGUCAAGUAUGAGAAGAAGAUACAGGAGCUGACAAGUCAAUGCCAACUUAAAAACGACGAGUGCUACGAAGCUUGGAUGUCUCUGGCAGCCACAAAUGAUCAAUUAGAGAAGCUCAAAAUGGAACUUGACAAUAAGUUCUUUCGAGCUGAAUUGCUCGAUCGAGAUAUGGAUAAACAAGCAGCACUAUUAAGGGAUGUUUCUGAUAGAUAUAAACACGAUAAGAAGUUUUGGGUGGCAUCAGUAAAUGAUUUAGAAGGAAAAAUAAAGGCGAUGAAACAUGAGCAUGGCCAACUAUCUAAGGAAGCACACAACUGCGCCGAUUCGAUUCCCGAAUUGAAUAAAAUGGCAUUUGCAGUCCAAGCAUUAGUUGCACAGUGCGAAGACCUUAAAGCCAAGUAUGGAGAAGAGCUUGCGAAGAGGAAGAAGCUCCAUAAUCAAGUUCAGGAAAUAAAGGGGAAUAUAAGGGUGUUUUGUAGGUGCCGCCCAUUAAGCAAGGCGGAGGUCACAUCUGGCUGUGCAACUAUAGUGGACUUCAAUGCUGCCAAGGACGGCGAACUUGGGCUAUUGACAGGCGGGUCUUCAAAGAAAACCUUCAAAUUCGACCGUGUUUAUACUCCAAAGGACAAUCAAGUCGAUGUGUUUGCGGAUGCUUCUCCUAUGGUGGUUUCAGUCCUAGAUGGAUACAACGUUUGCAUCUUUGCAUAUGGGCAGACGGGGACCGGAAAAACCUUCACGAUGGAGGGCAAUGAGCACAACAGGGGAGUCAAUUAUCGGACUUUAGAGGAGCUUUUCAAAUUUUCAAAGGAAAGGCAGGAGACUUUUGCCUAUAACAUAUCUGUUAGCGUACUUGAAGUAUAUAACGAGCAGAUCAGAGACUUGCUAGCCACAUCUCCUUCAUCAAAGAAAUUGGAAAUAAGACAAGCAGCUGAAGGAUCUCAUCACGUGCCGGGAAUUGUUGAGGCCAAAGUUAACAACAUAAAGGAGGUCUGGGAUGUGUUGCAGGCAGGAAGCAACGCCAGGGCCGUUGGAUCUAAUAAUGUCAAUGAGCAUAGUAGCCGAUCUCACUGCAUGCUUUGCAUAAUGGUAAAAUCCAAGAAUCUGAUGAAUGGAGAAUGCACGAAGAGCAAGCUUUGGCUUGUGGACUUGGCAGGCAGCGAGCGGCUUGCAAAGACGGAUGCACAAGGGGAGCGGCUCAAGGAAGCUCAGAACAUCAACAGAUCGCUCUCAGCCCUUGGAGAUGUCAUAUCAGCCCUGGCAUCUAAAAGCAGUCACAUUCCAUAUAGGAAUUCCAAGUUGACACAUUUACUUCAAGAUUCAUUAGGGGGUGACUCAAAGACGCUGAUGUUCGUGCAAAUAAGCCCUUCAGAUAAUGACUUGGGUGAGACGCUGAGUUCGUUGAAUUUUGCAGCUCGAGUUCGAGGGGUUGAGCUAGGUCCUGCAAAGAAGCAGAUCGACACUGGCGAGCUUCAAAAGAUGAAACUGAUGCUCGACAAAGCAAGGCAAGAAUUGAGAUGUAAAGAUGAGUCUCUACGGAAUCUGGAAGAGAACCGUCAGACCAUUGAAAACAAACUCAGAAGCAAUGAUCAGAUUAUUAGAAACCAGCAGGACAAGGUCAAAGAACUUGAAGGCCAGAUUCAAUCAAAGACGGAGUCACUACAAACCCAAUCGGAGAGGCAACUGUGGCAACUCUCGGAGAAAUUGAAAGGGAGGGAAGAAAUGUGCAUGGCACUUGAACAAAAGGUGGAGGAGCUUGAAAUCCGACUGAAAGAACAACAGCGUGCGGCAUCUAUGGCACUACAGCUUAAGGUUGAGGAGUUGGAAAAUGAGCUUAAAGAGCGACAACAACACUCGAAGUCUUCUGUCCUUGAACAAAAGGUUAAGGAGCUCAAUAACAAACUUAGAGAACAAGAACGACAGUCAGAGUCUAUGAUACUAGACUCCGCUGAUAAGUCAAGAGCCACUCCUAAUGAAGGAAAGGGACUCAGUGAGUCUACGAGCAAUAAAAGCAAUCUUAAUAUAUUGAGAAGCUCGAACUCGUUCAACCGGAUGAAUCAAGGGCCCAUUACGCUAAGUGGACCCAACUCGGAUCAUCAAAUUAGAAGGAAGAGAGAAAGAAGAAGUGGAGCUGUUGGUAAGUCGGAGAACAAUGACAUGAGUUACACAUCAUCUUUCAUAGAGAAGGACUUGCCAAGCGAGUUGAAAAGGCUAAGGCAUAUUGAUUCGACAAAAGCAAUGGGGAGGAUUACAAAAACAUCGAAGGCAGCUGCUCCUACAACAACAACUCAAAAGCUCUUUUCGCGUAAUAAAAUCAAUAGACAGCAUCAGGUUGGUGGAAUCAAGGAGAGAGAGAAGACAAGAGGGUGGUUAAGAUAGUCUUUUUCUUUCUUUGAUUACACCUCAAUGAAUUUUUGAUGAGUUGUGUAUACAUUGAAGCUAACUGCUAUCAUGUAAUUUCUAAUAGUUAUGUGAUAUACUAUGCGAUAUUCUCUUGCAA